AUGGGUCGGGUGAUACCGAAUGCUGGUUUUGUAAACCCCCAAUAUAAUUUCCCUCCUCAAUCAGGUAAGGGGGUGAGCGGGGGUUUUAAAGUACCCCCUAAGAUGUUCGAUAUGCCGAACAAGUGGAAGACGGGACUUCUGGGGGGAUGUUGCGAGAGUCCCUCUCUCUGUCUGGGGGUGUACUGCUGUCCUCUUUGCUGUCUCUGCAAGGCCUCGGGUGACCUGGGCGAGAGUGUGUUUGUGCCUAUCUGUGUGCCCCUCCCCCUACUCUCUCUCAGACUGAAGACGAGGAUGCUGUUCCGUAUCAAGGGGUCUUUAUGUGACGACUGCCUCUUAGCCACUUGCUGCCACCCUUGCACACAACUGCAGAUGCAGAACCAACUCAAUCAGAUGAUUGCGCUGGAGUAGAAACUUACGAUUGAUUAAAAAAGACCAAAUUUCUGAAUUCUUGCAGAAAAAUGUACCCAUCUGUAGAUGCAGAAUGAAAUUACACAAAUGCUCGCACGCAGUAGAUUAAAAGCAAAAUUUACAAAUCUUAACUAUUCGAAACCUAACAAAGUCACUGUUAAUGAAGUUAAAUUCGAGCAGAAUUUUAAAAAGUCUUAACAUUGAAUUGAUUGAACGGAAAGUACCCAUAUUUAUUGUGAAGUAACGUUCCAUAGAGAUUCAUUUAGAAGAGAAUAGAAUUGCAACCAUAUGGUGACAUUAAUUACAUCAAUUAUUAUU